UAAUCACGGAGAAAUGUUGUGCAUUAACUUCCAUGAGUCGCAUUGCUCUAGGGCGUGUGGACGAUAGCAGAAGAUUCUGGAUUGUCAAACAACCUAUAUACGAAGGGCAAUCAGUUAUGCAUCCCGUUACAUUUACAUUAGUAGGUGACAGAGAAGUUGUACAGUCAGUAAAGCAGCAUAUGAUAUCAUUGAUUGGGAGGGCACAAGGCCAGAUGAUUAUUAUUCCUACACCGUUUCCUGGCGAUGAAAGAUGUUUCCAACUCAUGAUUCCUGUACAAAAGGUCCACCUUUUGUUUGGGGAAGGAGGACUAAAAAUAAGAAAAAUACAGACACUUUCUAAAGUAAAAAUAAUAAUGAUGGAUGAUAUUCCUGAGACAGUGGAGGAGAAACCUGUCUGGAUCUACGGUGAAGACUCUUGUGUGCUUGUUGCUAGAUUGAGAAUCAGUCUUUUGUUAAAUCCACAAACAUAAGUGAAUCUCAGACUGGCACGUGAAUCCAAUUAUUGUCAAGGCUAUGUAUCGUAAUAUUUAUGCUCAUGUAAACUUUUUUCUAUGUAAUAAAAUUC